UUUAACGUAAACUUGACAACAGCUAGUUGGUGCAGUUAAAAUGGCGCUCGGUACUGCUUCAAAUUCUCUGGAUAAAAAUUUUUGGAAAGAAAUUUCGUCUAAUUUAUCGUCAGCAGUAAAAGUUGUCCAUGAAAAAUUACAUCUUUGUAUUCCACCAUAUUACCUGAAUGAUCUAGGCAAAAGUGUAGCUUCUGUUAUAGAUUGUAGAUUGAUUCGCUACGAACCAGACCUCGGUGGGAUUUUGGCUGGCUACGGAAACCUCGCUAUUCGAGAAUCUAAAGCCCAAACACUCUUCAACUUGAGUGACAUUCAUGUUGAUGUAGUAGGAAAUUUCUACAUUUUUAAUCCUGAAGUUAACCAGGAGCUAGUUGGGAUAGUGAACAGGAUAAGCGUCGAUCAUAUUGGUUGUCUUGUCCAUGGUCUUUUUAAUAUUAGUCUUCCAAAACCGUUUAACAUAGCAUCUGAAAGUUGGUUGGGAAAACCUGCUAAAUUGCUAGACAAAGUCAAAUUUAGCAUUACGAAAGUUGAUCUGUAUAGUAUUGUUCCUUACAUUGAAGGAAAAAUUGUUGAAUUAAUACCACAGGCUGAACUGAGUUCUGAAUCAAGGCAAAGAACAAACAGCGAUAGUGGAGUUGAAUUUGCAAGUGAAGAAUCUACAAAUAUAGCUUUAAGCCCAGAAGAAAGUAUGGAGCAGAAGAGAUCUAAACUAUCACUGUCUCACCGGAAAAAUGAAGCAAAGCUUUCUCUUACAUCAAACCUGAACAGUGUCCCAACACAAAAUGAGACUUGUGAAAUUACAGACCAAUUUAGUGAACAAGACAAGAAAAGAAAAAGGAAAAUUUCUGAAGGUUCAGUCAUGAAAGAAACUCCUAAAAAUAAAAAAGCUAAACUGUUUGGAGGUGGAUUCACCGAAACCAAAAAUGAAGAUACUGCUCCAGUAGAAAGUUUAACAACCAAUCUAUUUAAGAAAUUUUCAAAAAAACUGGAACAAUCAUCAACACCGUCUCGCACACCGAAGAAAGCACAGGAAAUCAGUAUACUCAAUGAAACUUCCACCGACGCAGAAUUAGUCGAAUCUGAUGAGGUGCUGGAUUCUGUAGAAUCAGGAGACCCAGUAGCGAAAGAACUUCAAGUAACCAAAAGCAGUCCGAAAAAGAAAACAGGAAAAAAUAUUUUAGAAGGAAUCGAAGAGCAGGCAAAAUCACCCAAAAAAAAUAAGUUACAGCAAAAUUCAGAAGCUGAAUUUGAAAUGACGAUCGAUUCUGAGGAGGAAAGAAAGAUUUCCUUCAGAACGCCUACAUCAACGAAAAAAUCUAAAUCGCGUUUGGAAAAGAAAAAAGAAGGAGGUUCAAAAUUAAGCGAUAUAGAAACACCGGGAAAACCUUUGAAACAACCGUCUUCUCUUAAGAAGUCAAAGGAGGUGAAAAAAGUGAAUGGCACAGCAACCCCCAGCAAAUCUUCAAAAAAGAAGAGUAUUGCACUUGAACAGGAGGGUGAAGAAGAAGACAAUGAAUCGAUCAUCCAAGAGCUGUUAGGACUUAGUCUACCUAUCGCCUCUCCACAGUCUACUCCUGUAUCAAAAAAGAAACAAACUCCUUCGGCCAAAUCAGCAAAGUUGGCUGAGUCGGCGAAGAAGUUAAAAGCAUUAGAAAAGAAGUUAGAUUCAACGCCAAAGUCUGUUCAAGCUCAGGGUCCUGAAACUGCCUCCCCAAUGAAAAACCUGAAAGAAUCGUCAUUGUCGAAGAAAAUGCUAAAAACUCCGGCGUCAGAAGCCAAGCAAACUCCAUCAGUUGAAAAAACAAAAAGUGUUCCAUCACCACGAACUCCAAAAGCUAACGGUUCAUCCAAAAAUCUCGUAAAGACCGCUUCCCCAGAAAAAAUAUUGGUAGCUUGGUUGCCGGAGAAAGAAGUAAAAGCUGAGCAAACGAAGAAAAGAGCCAAGUUAAGACCAAAUAAGGAAAAGUCGUUGAAAUCUGAUGCUAGCUCCGGCGAUGAAUUUGAUCAAGAACAAGCUAUUCUCAAGAUUUUGCAGUUAGUGCAACCAGAAGAAAAGCCCGAUAAAACCAAGACUAAAAGGAAGUCAGUUAAUUCUUAAAUUUCGAAGCACCUCCUAACACGAUUACUUUUCCGACCCGUCAUUCAUAACUUUUGCCUUUUCAGAAGAUCAUUGGUAUUUUUUUUUACGUUUCAUUGCCUCAAAUUACAACGUGACAAGUUUUAAGGUUAAUAAGCAAGAGAAACAAUAAAAGACAGUUUAUUUCA